GUGUAGAGUAGUGUUUCAUUUUUUCAAUUCAAUGUUCUUAUAUUUUUAAUAAAAUUAUUUUUCACAGUGCGGUUUGUUUACAAAAACAAAAGAAUGUAUAAAUAAAAUCCCACAUAAAUUCUUGAGUAGAUAAUAAACAAACAUUUUUUCUCCUGCUUUUCGAUGACAGACUUCGAAGUUAUGAAUGAAAAUUAAAAAUCUGAAAAAAGAAACUAUCAAGUGAAAAUCAAGAAAUUUUUUGUAUGCAAUAAUAUCCAAUUUAAAAUGAGUGAAGUUCCAUUGGUGGGUGGAAAUAGAAAGCAGAAUGAUGUUCCUAGCAUCUCUUCGACAAUGAUGGUCCAAAUAACAACCGACAAGAGCGGACCAAAGCUAGUUUGUCCUGUAUGCGACAAAGCCCUUGUCUCCCUCAACGGCUAUGUAAAACACAUGAAGAAACAUGAACCACCUGGUGGUUAUUUAUGUAACUAUUGUGAUGACCGUUUUUGUCUCGAAGAUCACCUCAAGAAACACAAAGAUGAAAAACAUAAAAUUCUAGCAUGUCAAAUUUGCCAUGAGACUUUUGAUUCACCGCAGGAUUAUCGCAAUCACAUACAAGACAUCCAUAAAGGUGUCGAUCGUCGAAUGAUUAAAUGUGAAAAAUGUGGCAUGGAAUUUAAGACAGCUCAAGCUGCCAAGCGACACAACGAGACUCAAUGUGGUCAAAUCAAGCCACAUCCCUGUGAUCAAUGCAAAAUGGCCUUUUAUACGAAAUAUAAUUUGGCAGAACAUAAAAAGAUCCACAGUGGAGAGAAGAAGUUCUGUUGUAGCUAUUGUGGGAAGAGUUUUAUGAGUAAUGGAAGAUUGGUUAUACACGAGAGGAGUCAUACCGGUGAGAAGCCCUAUAAGUGCGAUGUUUGUGGCAAAUGCUUUGCUCAUCGUGAAAGUAUCGUAACUCAUUCCUCAAUCCACACUGGAGUUAAGCUCGUUGUUUGUAAGUGCUGUGGCUCAAGAUUUUCCUGUCAUUCGAACCUUAUCAAACACAGACGGACAAGACCCGAUACAUGUGGCCUGCCGAUUUAUAAUUCCACCAAAGAAACAAAACGAAAUGGAAACUCAAGAAUCCCUCCAUGUCUGAUGUCUUCUGAGAUAAAAAUUGUACGAGCCAGCAAAGUGAUUAAGCCCAAGGAUGAGCAGCAGAAAAAAACGAAGCCUGUAAAUUCAAAUGAAGGUCAAAAAAAGCCAAAAGCUUCCAAGCACAAGGGAAGAUCCAAAAAAGUCGUCAAAUCUGGUUCAGAAGAUGACGACACUGGCGAAGAUGAUAGCGAUGACAAUGAAAUCAUCGUAGCUAGACCAAGACGUAGUCUUCGUUCAAAUGAACCACCUCCAGUUGAAGAAAUCGAUACUAAACCACCAGAAUCCUCAUCUAAGGACUUCGAUUCUGACAACUAUAGCGAUGAUCCACUUUUUGAUAGUCCAAUGCACUCAGUUGAUGAUUCAUCGGAUAGUGACAAACCCAAAGUCAAACCAGAGCCUCUGGACAAAAAUCCAGUUGAAAUAGUUGAUCGUAGUUGUAGUCCAGUUAAAAGCGAAGAAGAUCAAAAGACCGAGGAUUUCUUCGACCAAAAGGAGGAAAUCCUCGAUAAGUUUCUAGCCGAAAGCACAGUAGAUGUUAAAUAUGAACCUUUAGUUGAAAUUAAAGAAGAAUCAGAGGAUGUGAAGAAAGAUGAGAUUCCACCGCCUGCGGCGGGUCAAGUCGUCGUCGUUAAUGAAACUGACAAACAAAAUGAAAACGAAAAGAAAUCUCCGUCAAAGAGAACACGACGAACGAAGUCGAGCAUUGUUCCUUCCGAAGCCUCAGUCGAAGAAAAGAAAAACGACGAUGAAGACGAAUCUGAACAACCUAAAAAGAGACGCCAGCGUUCGGCGUUGCGUAAGAAACUUCGUUUUUUCAAAAAGGAACGAGUCUAUGAAUGCAAAUUCUGUGCAAAGGUGUACCACAUAAAGAAACCCUACGAGAAACAUCUCCGGACUCUGCAUAAACAAACCGAUGCUGAUCUGCGUGAUUUGUUUAAGGAUGAGGAUAAUGACAUUCCUGAUGAAUACGUGCAUCGUUGUCCGAUUUGUUCGAAAAUCUAUCUUAUGGCUAAACGACUAACGACUCACAUCACUUUCCAUGGUCCCGAUGGAAGUUUAAUUCAUAAAUGCCCUGGCUAUUGCAAUUUAUACUUCCGCACAAAAGAAGAAGCUCUCGAACAUGCCAGGGGAGCUCAUAAGGAAUGUUUUUAUUGUAACAUCUGCGAUAAGUACUCACAAUCACCAGAUGCUCUUAAAAUUCACAAACGAACACAUUUCGAACAAAGGAGACAAGCAAGUCGUAAUUUGAUUUGUGACAAAUGUGGCAAGUCAUUUGCAAGUCGAACAUCUCUCAAUGAUCAUUCGAGAUCGAAUUGUGGAAAAGAUCCUCUGUAUCGAUGUGAUAUAUGUGAUAAGAGAUUUAGUACCGCAGGAAUUUUAAAGACACAUUCUUUAUUGCACAAAGAUGAACAACCUUAUGCGUGUGAUAAGUGCGGAAAGAGGUUUAAAAUUAAAGCCCAAUAUAAGACUCACAUUAAGAUGAAACACACAGAUAACAAACCUUUCAAGUGUGAUCUUUGUCCGAAAGCAUAUCCCUAUCGGGAGAGCCUUCUAACGCACAUGACUGUUCAUACAGGACUCAAACGAUACUCUUGCAAUGGAUGCAGUAAACGAUUUACUUGUAUUUCGAAUCUUCAAGCCCAUCGCAAAGUUUAUGCUGAUACUUGUGGCUUACAGCCGUUAAAUUCAAAACCAAGCACUUAUUUGGGAGUGCAGAAAGGCCAGCUUUUGAUGGGAACAAAACCUUCCUAUUAGAUAGGUUAUUAAUAAAAAAAAGACUUAGGAUAAGAUUUUUUUUUUUAUUUGUAUUUAAAAAAGUAUUUUUUUUUGUUUUUGAAUAAAAAAUCUAUUUAAGCACGA